GACUUAUACCAGAAAAUGUUAGUAACAGAUUUGGAGUAUGCAUUGGAUAAAAAAGUGGAACAGGAUCUAUGGAAUCAUGCCUUUAAGAAUCAGAUCACAACUUUACAGGGUCAAGCAAAAAACCGAUCAAAUCCAAAUCGGAGUGAAGUUCAAGCAAACCUCUCUCUAUUCCUAGAAGCAGCUAGUGGCUUCUAUACGCAGCUACUGCAGGAGCUGUGCACGGUAUUUAAUGUGGAUUUGCCCUGCCGUGUGAAGUCCUCUCAGUUGGGAAUUAUCAGCAAUAAACAGACGCACACCAGCGCCAUAGUGAAGCCACAAUCUAGCUCCUGCUCAUAUAUAUGCCAGCACUGCCUUGUCCACCUUGGAGACAUCGCUCGCUACAGAAAUCAGACCAGCCAGGCUGAAUCCUAUUAUAGGCAUGCAGCUCAGCUUGUCCCCUCCAAUGGUCAGCCUUAUAAUCAGCUGGCUAUUUUAGCAUCCUCCAAAGGAGAUCACCUGACCACAAUUUUCUACUACUGCAGAAGCAUUGCUGUGAAAUUCCCUUUCCCAGCUGCUUCUACUAACCUACAAAAAGCACUUUCUAAAGCACUGGAAAGUCGUGAUGAGGUGAAAACUCAGUGGGGAAUAUCUGAUUUCAUUAAGACAUUUAUAAAAUUCCAUGGCCAUGUAUAUCUGAGUAAGAAUUUGGAGAAAUUGAAUCCUCUUCGUGAGAAAUUAGAAGAGCAAUUCAAGAGGUUGCUGUUCCAAAAAACCUUCAAUUCUCAACAGCUUGUCCAUAUUGCUGUCAUCAACCUGUUUCAGUUGCACCAUUUACGGGAUUUUAGCAAUGAAACUGAACAGCAUAGUUACAGUCAGGAUGAACAGCUCUGCUGGACACAAUUACUGGCACUCUUCAUGUCUUUUCUUGGAAUUUUGUGCAAGUGUCCACUUCAGAAUGAUUACCAAGAAGAAUCUUGGGGUUCUUAUCCCCUUCCUGCGCUCAAAGUGUCAAUGGACUGGCUGAAACUUAGACCCAGUGUUUUUCAGGAGGCUGUGGUUGAUGAAAGGCAAUAUGUUUGGCCUUGGCUGAUUUCUCUUCUAAACAGUUUUCAGCCUCAUGAGGAAGACCUUUCCUGCCCUAAUGCCACUCCUCUUCCAGAAGAGUUUGAGCUGCAAGGAUUCUUAGCUCUGAGACCCUCGUUCAGGAACUUGGAUUUCUCUAAAGGCCAUCAGGGAAUUACAGGAGACAAAGAAGGGCAGCAUCGCCGUAUCCGGCAACAGCGCCUGAUCUUCACAGGAAAAUGGAUCGCUGACAAUCAGCCAAGGUUGAUCCAAUGUGAAAAUGAGGUUGGCAAACUCAUGUUUUUGACAGAGAUCCCAGAACUGUUACUGGAGGAACAUAGUGAGUCCAAACAGAGUCAUGUUCUGCAGGAAGCAUCAGAGCCUCAGUUUGUAGAUGGGAGCCCAGGACUUAAGUCAGUGCUAUCUACAAGUCGAAACCUGAGCAGCAGCUCUGAUACGGGAGAUAAGCCAAUGGUGACAUUCAAAGAAAACAUUAAACCACGAGAAAUAAACAGAGAGCCAGGCCGAAACUACCUGACCAAGGAAGUAGGUAGGGAAAGAAGAGAUUAUAUCAAAGGAAUAACAGCCAAUAAAAAUGAUGGAAAGAAGGACAACAACAACAAAAGGAAGAAUGAGAUUAAGAAAUGUGGCAUGGACAAGGGUCAAGAAACAGGGAAGCAGAAUGUAGCUAUACAGGUAAAAUCCCAGACUGAGUUGAGAAAGACUCCAGUGUCUGAAGUCAGAAAAACACCAGUAACUCAAUCUCCAAACCAGGCCAGCAACUCCCAGUUCAUCCCCAUCCAUCACCCAGGAGCUUUCCCUCCUCUUCCCAGCCGGCCAGGCUUCCCCCCUCCUGCCUAUGUUAUUCCUCCUCCUGUGGCUUUCUCUAUGAGCUCGGGAUAUACUUUCCCAGGUGGUGUUUCUGUCCCAGGAACCUUUCUUCAGCCUGCAGCUCAUUCACCUGCAGGAAAUCAGGUGCAAGCUGGGAAGCAAUCCCACAUUCCUUACAGCCAGCAGCGGCCCUCUGGACCAGGCCCAAUGAACCAGGGACCUCAACAGACUCCACCCCCUUCUCAGCAGCCCCUUGCAUCCAUACCAGCUCAGGCAACAAACCCGUCUGCAAGCCAGCUACAGGUCCAGGCUCUCGCCCAGCAGCAGCAACAACAACAGUCCCCAACGAAAGCUGUGCAGGCAUUAGGGAAGAGUCCUCCACACCACUCUGGAUUCCAGCAGUAUCCCCAUGGAGACUCCUCCAAGCAGCUCUGGAGCCCCUCUCAGGUUCAAGGCCCAUUGGGGAAGAUCAUGCCUAUGAAGCAGCCGUACUAUCUUCAGGGCCAGGAUCCCGUGAAACUCUUUGAACACUCCUUGCAGCCUCCCCUUCUGCAACAACAGCAGCCUCUGGAGAAGAAAAUGAAGCCUUUCCCUAUGGAGCCAUAUAACCAGAAUCCCUCAGAGGUCAAGAUGCCAGAAUUUUACUGGGACUCCUAUGGUAUGGCUGAUAACCGUGUUGUGAUGGCACAACAACAAGCCAACAUGGACCGCAGAGGGAAACGUCAGCAAGGAGUCUUCCGCCCAGAACAGGACCCAAUGUCGAGGAUGGCUUUUGAGGACCCCAAGAGCUCCCCUCUGCUUCCUCCGGACCUGUUAAAGAGUUUGGCUGCCUUGGAGGAGGAGGAAGAGCUGAUUUUCUCUAAUCCUCCUGAUCUUUACCCAGCUCUACUGGGGCCUCUCGCCUCUCUUCCUGGACGAAGCCUCUUUAAAUCACUGUUGGAGAAACCAUCAGAUCUGAUGUCACAGUCGCCAUCUUUCCUAUCGCUCACAGGCUUCUCUCUUAAUCAGGAAAGAUAUCCAAACAGCAUGUUCAAUGAAGUGUAUGGGAAAAACCUCAAUGCCAGCACAAAAGCCGAAGUUACACCAUCAGUAGCUCACCAGGAGACUUCACUUUAUUCUCUUUUUGAAGGUACUCCAUGGUCUCCAUCUCUUCCAGCUAGCUCAGAUCAUUCAACACCAGCCAGCCAGUCUCCUCACUCCUCUAACCCAAGCAGCUUGCCAAGCUCUCCUCCAACUCACAACCAUAAUUCAAUUCCAUUCUCCAACUUUGGGCCCAUUGGGACUCCAGACAACAGGGAUCGAAGGAUAACAGAUCGAUGGAAGACAGAUAAGCCAGCAAUGGGAGGCUUUGGCCUGGACUAUCUCCCAGCAACGUCGUCCUCUUCAGAGAGUAGCUGGCACCCAAACAGCACCCAUAGCGGUACCUGGUCAGCCCAUGGCCCGUCCAUAGAGGAUUCAUCAGCUGUGCUUAUGGAAAGUCUGAAGUCUAUCUGGUCCAGUUCUAUGAUGCAUCCUGGACCUUCUGCUCUGGAGCAACUGUUGAUGCAGCAGAAGCAAAAGCAGCAACGUGGGCAAGGUGCCAUGAAUCCACCACACUGAGAACAAAAGAGGUGGCAACCUUUGCAAUCGAAAGCUCCAUACAUCAUGGCAUGUUGGGUUUACAGGACUGUCCCACACAGUUCUGUGCGCGUGGCAGCCUCUCUUCUGUUCCUCGAUGUCAGGAGGGUGUAAGUGCUCCACCAACCCACUGAGUAUGCACGAAAAUGAAUGCAGUGCAAUGGAAAACCAACACCAGGAACUCUCCCAUCCCACCAGGGCCCUCUGGAGGGAGAGAGGGACUGCUGUUUAUCUCACACGGUAACCUGAUAUCACCGCCUCUCACCUUCUCCAUCGUGCAUGUGCCCAGCCAUGUGGGAAAAUAAAAAA